AUGGCAUGCCGCGCCCCUUCGCAAGCGCGGCCAAUCCGCGGACGGCCUCCAGGAUGCCGGGCCCGCCCCCUUCCGAGGGGCGGCCCAAUCGCCCUGCGGCGUCUCCUGGGCUGCUGCCAAUCGGCGCCCGGCUGCCCCAGCUCGGGCCACGCCUCUCCCUCGGGCGCGCGCCCUCUCCGGCGGACGCGGCGUCCAGGCCAGGCAGGGGGCGGGGCUGAGCGAGGGGUGGGCGGGGUCAGGGGAGGCGGCGGCUGCCCAACCGGUGCAGCUUUCUUUCUUCCUCUCCCCCUUCCCCCGCGCCGAGCUUCACCGGUUGAACUCCCGCCCCUCCUUCCUCUCUGCCGAAGCAGCCCGCGGCGAAGGGGCAGCAGAAGGUCAGAGACUGGAGGGGGGUGGGGGGCAGGGAGGAGGAGGAGCCCCCCAGGAACGCCUGAAGGACGCUUCAAGGCGGGGCGCAAUGUGAUGGCGAGUGAGCCCCCCACCCCCCCGGCCCGAGUGACGACGCGCACGGCCGCCCGCCUGACCUCCGGCCCCUGGAAGCGCCCGGCCGCCGCGGCCCCCGCGCCCCCCUCGCCGGGCCCCAGCGCCGCCCCCGGCUGGCCCCGAUUCUGGGAGGGCCAGGAUGUCCUGGCGCGCUGGACAGACGGGCUCCUCUACCUGGGCACCAUUAAGAAGGUGGACCCCUUGCGGCAGGUGUGCCUGGUCCAGUUCGAGGACGACUCCCAGUUCCUGGUCCUCUGGAAGGACAUCAACCCAGCCGCGGUGCCCGGGGAGGACUGCUCCUGCUGCGUCUGCCACCUGGACGACCUCAGCCCCGAGAACCGGCUGGUGAGGUGUGAGAAGUGCAGCCACGCUUACCACCAGGAAUGCCACCUUCCCAAAGUGCUCGUGGAGGGCUCGUGGACGUGCAGGCAGUGUGUCUUCGCCGUGGCCACCAAGGCUCUCCCCAGCGGCACCCAGAAACCUGGUUGGCCCAGCUGA